AUGGGGCAAGCGGAGAAAUUGAUGAAUCAGAUCAUGGAACUGAAAUUCACCGCGAAGAGCCUCCAACGCCAGGCAAGGAAGUGCGAAAAAGACGAGAAAACCGAGAAACUCAAAGUCAAGAAGGCAAUCGAGAAAGGAAACAUGGACGGAGCACGAAUUUACGCCGAAAACGCGAUUCGUAAGCGUAAUGAACAGAUGAAUUACCUCCGUUUAGCCUCUCGCCUCGACGCGGUGGUCGCAAGACUUGAUACACAAGCCAAGAUGAAUACGAUCAGCAAGUCGAUGGGGUCGAUCGUCAAGUCUCUUGAGUCAACCCUAGCAACAGGUAAUUUGCAGAAGAUGUCGGAGACGAUGGACCAGUUUGAGCGACAGUUUGUGAAUAUGGAGGUACAGGCAGAAUUCAUGGAGAGCUCGAUGGCCGGUAGCACUUCACUUUCGACUCCUGAAGGAGAAGUUAACAGCUUGAUGCAACAAGUGGCUGAUGAUUAUGGUCUGGAGGUGUCUGUGGGUUUGCCACAACCAGCUGCGCACGCUGUGCCAACAAAGAAUGCCGAGAAGGUUGAUGAAGAUGAUCUGUCUAGGCGUCUUGCAGAACUUAAAGCUCGCGGGUAUAGAUAUGGAUUCCGUGGAGAUAGCUCCGCGGAAUCUACUGUAACUCCGUGGAAUGGCAAAAUCGAUUCCGACGAGCCAUCAAACCCUCAGCCUCCAACAUUCUGGCGAUGUUCAGUUCAACAAUUUCCGACAUAUGUGGAGGUAGUUUCCAACGAUUGGGUCGAUGGGAAGGAGAAAGGUUCUGGUGUCUAG